CGUUCUGACUCAACAGAGGAGUAAAAGUAAAGUGUGUUAUAUAGUGCGCUGUUGAUGGGACCCCAUGUAGUUGUAGAUCCUCUGUGUGUGCCAGAGAGUUUUACAGUACGAUAAUACAAACACUGUAAACCCUCUCUGACGUGUGCUCGGUGUCUGGAUAGAGUGGCACUGGUGGCAGUAGUUCUCGGGAUGACAUGUGACUAGAACUAGUUCUAGAUCUAGUGUCUAGACCAGCGGCAGUUUUUACUUGUUGCGAUAUUGCAUGGGCCUCAAAAGGAUACAUUCUUUGCUUGACUUCAUACGUAAAGACACCAUCCAUUGGGCAGGAUAUCAUGAAACGUUUGACGUAGCCUGAACGACAGACACCCGGAAUAUUCGCACCUACACCCCACAACCCACCAGCUUCGACCCACGCCUAUCAACACCUCCCUACCCCUUACCCCAGACCCUCACCAACAGCGUAUUCUUGUGCCAUACUGAGAGCUCGCAGAAACUGCUGCCAUUAUCUUCCUAGACCCUCGUUUGAGGUCAACGUCACAGGAACCCGGUCAGUGACGUCAUCAUGAGUGCCCCGGUGUCAGAUCGGGACAGGAUGGACCCAGGGAUGCCGGUCAAGGACCACGGCUCCUUCGCUUCCUUUCACGUGCCCAGCCAGGCAGACAUUCAGGAUCAUCGAAGUGCUGACACGGUAUACAUCGGCCUGCACGUGCCUCGGAAUGAGCGACGUCACCGUCACGGCGGACGUCACCGACACCGACAUAGGCGGGAUGAGUCCAAGACUGCUCCACAGUCCAUUCCCUCCGAAGGGGCCUCUUCUUCGAAAGGAGACGGCGAAGCCCCUCCUAAAGGCAAAAAUGCAGUCCCACCCUCUCAGCGUGUGCAGUUCCUGCUCGGGGAGGAGGAAGAUGAGGAGCAUCGCGCUCACGACAUCUUCUGUCAGAUGGCAGAACUCUUCCCUGCUGGAGAUGAGAAAGAGUGGAAGGAGACUGCCAGAUGGAUCAAGUUUGAGGAGGAUGUCGAGGAAGGAGGCGAGCGCUGGUCCAAGCCUCACGUGGCCACUCUGUCGCUGCACUCACUGUUUGAGCUCCGCUGCCUACUCAUGCAGGGCACCAUCAUGCUGGAAACGGUCGCCAACAGCAUAGAGCAGAUUGCAGAAAUGGUGUUGGACAACAUGAUCAGCUCUAAACAGCUGGAGGAGCACCUGAGAGAACAGGUGCGCAACACCAUCCUGUGUCGGCACCGCCACCAGAACGAGAAGAAACGCUCUCACAAGGAGGACGGUGGAUCCCGCAUGCACCUGCCCUUUGUCCGCUCUCUGGCCGACAUUGGGAAGAAGUAUUCAGAGCCCAAAGGUCUCUCGACGCAUGAAGAACAUGGUUUGGGGGCGAAAAGCACUCCUAACAUCCAAGGUCUCAAUAAAAAUGGAGAGGAGGACAAGGAGAAGGGCCUCACUGUAAAUCAAUCCUUCCCGCACAACGUGCCCAGUGGGACAGAUCUCUCUGAGACAGCUUCCCACAAGGAGAAAAGCUUAUCGAAAGCGUCAUCAAUGAGGAUUCAGAACCUCCACUUCAUGAAAAAAAUCCCACCCGGCGCUGAGGCAGCAAACAUCUUUGUGGGCGAGGUGGAGUAUCUGAACCACCAGAUCGUGGCUUUUGUGCGACUCUCCAAGGCUCAGGUGCUGGGUGACCUCACAGAGGUUCCUGUGCCCUCACGCUUCCUCUUCUUAUUGCUGGGACCGCUCGGGAAUCAGAAUAAGUUCCAUGAGGUCGGACGCUCCAUUGCUACGCUCAUGUCGGACGAGAUUUUCCACGACGUGGCGUACCAUGCUCAUAACCGCGAGGAUCUUCUUGCCGGUAUUGACGAGUUCCUGGGUCAGGUGACUGUGCUGCCCCCUGGCGAGUGGGAUCCCUCGAUCCGUAUUGAACCACCCAAGUCUGUGCCAUCUCAGGAGGGAAGGAAGACUGCUUCUUCCGGUCCCCCUCAGCCCAACGGAAAGCUCACGGCAGAUGAAGAGCCAGAAGAUCAUACUGAUCCCACUUUAGUUCGCACGGGCAGGAUAUUUGGAGGUCUACGAGCUGACAUAAAAAGAAAACUGCGUGUUUACCCGAGUGACUUCAAGGACGCAUUGAGUGUGCAGUGUGUUGCCUCUUUUGUCUUCUUGUACUUCGCUUGCUUGACACCCAUCAUCACUUUUGGAGGUCUCCUGGGAGAUGCUACGGACAUGUACAUGGCUGCUCUGGAGUCGAUCCUGGCUGGUGCUAUAUGUGGCAUUGUGUACUCUCUGUUUGCUGGACAACCACUGACCAUUCUGGGCAGCACAGGACCUGUGCUGGUGUUUGAGACCAUUCUCAAUUCUUUCUGCAAAGACAACGGCUUGAACUACCUAGAGAUGCGGCUGUGGGUGGGCGUGUGGACGGGUUUCAUCCUGUACAUCAUGGUGGCCUUUGACCUCAGCGCCCUGGUGCGAUACAUCACCCGCUUCACCGAAGAGAGCUUUGCUGCUCUCAUCUCCCUCAUCUUCAUCGUGGAAGCGUUCGCAAAGGUAUUCAAGAUUGCUAAAUCUGACCCGCCAAACCUUGACCCAGGAGCGGAACUGGACUACAACUGCACCUGCUUCCUCUCCAAAAACAUUACUGAUGUAUACGAUCCUGCUGUGUCCUUCGGCAACGCCAGUAGCUACUACAACGUGUCUGCCGACUCUGUGCUCGAGUUCCUCAACGACACCCUCAUGGUCAUCUCUAGGGGUGCUUCGGAAAAGGAAACGCGAGAGGCAUGCAUCGAGGAUAAAGGCGAAAUGGUGGGCCCAGGAUGCGACACGACGUUCUUUGUUUCUGACGUUUUCUUUUUCUCCUCCAUGCUCUUCCUGGCCACGUUCACUCUUGCCAUGUCCCUCAAGAUGAGCCGCAACGCUUCCUUCUUCCCCACAGUGGUGCGUUCUAUCAUGAGUGACUUCGCUGUGCUGAUUGCCAUCCUCGCCUGUGUCAUCAUCGACUUCGUCAUCGGGGUCAACACACCCAAGCUUCAUGUGCCCACGGAGUUUGCUCCCACAAACCCGAACCGUAGCUGGUUGGUCAGCCCGUUCGGCAAGAACCCGUGGUGGACGUGUCUGGCAGCUGUACUGCCUGCCCUGUUGGCCACCAUUUUGAUCUUCAUGGAUCAGCAGAUCACGGCCGUCAUCGUCAACAGGAAGGAGAACAAGCUUCAGAAAGGCAGUGGCUACCAUCUUGACCUGUUCGUGGUGGCCACGCUGAUCAUCGUCUGCUCCAUCCUGGGUCUGCCCUGGUUCGUGGCGGCCACUGUGUUGUCCAUAAAUCACGUCAACAGCUUGAAGAUGGAGUCGCAGUGCUCCGCGCCGGGGGAGAGGCCAAAGUUCCUGGGAGUUAGAGAGCAGCGUGUUACUGGUACCUGCAUCUUCCUCUUCAUCGGCAUCUCUGUGUUGCUCACAUCUAUCCUGCGGUUUAUCCCCAUGCCUGUCCUUUAUGGAGUGUUUCUGUACAUGGGUGUUUCAUCUCUCAAUGGCAUGCAGCUGAUUGACAGAAUCUCCAUCCUGCUGAUGCCGGCCAAGUACCAGCCAGACUACAUGUACCUGAGGCACGUGCCCACGCGCCGCGUCCACAUGUUCACCGGCAUCCAGGUCCUGUGUCUGGCUGUGCUCUGGGUCAUCAAGUCCAUCAAGGCCAUCUCUAUUGCUUUCCCCAUCAUGGUGUUGGCCAUGUGCUUCGUGCGGAAGUUCAUGGAUAAGGUGUUCUCGCAGCAGGAGCUCAUGUGGCUGGAUGAUAUCAUGCCGGAGACUCACCGCAGAGAGAAGGAGGACGAGGAGAUCAAACAGGAGGAGCAACGGCGUUCUCUGAUUGAGGAAUCAACCGCUCUGUCAAUGGCUGCUGUAGGCUUCAAUGUGGAGAACUGGACAGUCAAGGCAGACGUGGACAGCCUGAACAUCUCUGAGGAGAUGUCGAAGACAGCCAUGUGGAAGUCCAUCAUGUCCAACGAGUCCUCCUCCAAUCUCAUCUCACAGGGAAACGAGGACGAGGAAAAGCGCAGCUCCAAGAAGUACAGAAAAGCGAAGAAACACACUUCUAAACGAAACGGAAGCAAACCACAGCUCGGCGGAGUGGAGGAAGAGUCGGAGGACCCGGGCGCCAACGGUCAAGCCUCGUCCCCAUCAAAGAAGAAGGCACCAGUCAAGUUCUACAUCGAUGACCACGAGGACCAUGAGGAGAAAGAGACGCUGAUCAAGAUGCCGGAGAUUGUGGUGGACCCUCCCAGUGAGCACGCGACCACUCCCGACCGCGAGAAUGACAGUAAGGUGUGAGUGGGAGACACUGGAUGGACGACUGAGCCGGCUGGAAGGCUGCUGAUCUGGACUGGGUUUGCGCACUGUGUGUAUGUGCAUAGUUAGAUUAAUAGCUCCUGGCUAAGACGUCUCUCUUGGUGCUGGUAAAUGGUUUUCUGGGCUGCACCUUACCUGUCAUCGUGCAUUGUCAUGUGAAGCGAAAGUCACAAAUAUACUAUUUUCCUCAUCCUUAUUUUGAUUGGAGAGGCGGUGGGGGAGGGUAGAAAAGGGGAGGAGGGGUAAUCAGCUGUAUGGAUCAUUUGUGUAACUUUCUUUAUAAGAGAUUAAUGUUUAAUAUCAUUGUUGUCCCAUUUCUGAGAAUAACUCCCAUGACUCUGACGUGGAAAAAAAUAGGUUAUAUCCCCUGUCUGUAUCCUGGCUCCAAGCCGGAUGAAUGAAUAUAUUUUUUUCCUCAAACCUCGUCCUAUGGCUCUUCCAUAGCUCUGGAAGUGUUUAUUGCAGUAUGCUAUGCACUGUUUGGGGGAAACUGUAUUUCCUCGAGUCAAACUUUUUGGAUAAAGUGAGUUUCUGCCAUGGAGUCCUUUGUCCUCUAUCACAUAUUUUAAUUUAUCAACUAUUAUAGGUCCCUGAAAAAAAUUUGUCUGGUCAGAGCUUUAGGGCUGGUGCUAAAGAAUUGAUGCACUGUUGGCUUGUCAGUUUUACUGACUUGAAUCGGUGCAAACCUGCCCUCCUUUGUAUUUUAUGCAUCUUCCUUCAAGACUUUUGAGCUCCUCAUUUUCUUAGAUCCUGACAGGGCUUGUUCUCAGAGCUGCAUAUCAUUUUCAGUUACCUCUCAAGUAUUCUCUCUUCCCCUUGCACAUAGAUUGCUUGGCCAAAUAGAAAUUAUUAUUUUUUAUUUUUUUUUGAUAAUUGAAAGAAAUCCAAAUUGAACAUGAGACCUUAACUGUAAUUAUUCUGACCAAAUCCAAAGUGAACUGUAGUGGGAGUUUUGUGUUGUAAGAUACUACAGAAGGAUCCCUCGUCCUUCCGGACUGACCACAUUGACCUGUGCCUGCUGAUUUUUUACUCUUUUUAAUUAUAUUUUCAUUGAAUGCAUCUUCUUUUUAAAGGAAAAGAAUCAUUCUAGGUUGCUUUGAAAACCUCAAAUCCCCUUGGGUUUCACAGCAUGUGUUUACUGAUAAAUAGAAUUAUAUUAUUGACAUUUCUUAGAGGCAAAUGUUAGUGUCAGAUCAUCAUGUGAAAUUUCCUGGUAUUCUUAAAGAGCUUUCGAGAACUAGCCUCCUGAAAAUAUAUAUCACAAAGAUGUAUCAGGAGUUCUUUAUUUGUGGGAGUGAAGAGGGGCUGAGCCAAAAACUAAAUCUGGUGAAUGUUAUAGACCUACUGUUCAAUAAUGAAUGUCACGGUUUUUAAACGACCGUUGCCUUACAGCUAGAGUUGGAGGACUGUAAUGUUCAUUAGUGAACCACCAAUUACUGCUUAAGUUACUAUGCCAAAGGUGCUGAGGAUCAGGGGAAAGGGUGGGAAGAGGAUCUUUUAUUCCAUUUAUCCAUCUUUGACAUGUUCUUGUAUUUGUAGGCCCUAUUUUUUAUGUAUUUUUUCAAUACCCCAGAAUAAUCUCACAUUAUUGGUAGAAUCAGUUUUCUAUAUAAUGUCUAUUGCCUCUGAAAAAAAAAUGAUUUAAAAAAUGCUUUGGUGUGGGCUAGUUGCUCUUGCAAUAGGAGUAAGAUGGAAUGAGCCCACAAAAACUCUGAAUCACGAGACUGAAAGAACUCAGCUUCUCAGCUUUUUCAACAGGCUUACUAUUAGGUGACUUUUCUACAACUGUAGCAUGAGUAAAGGUUGAAAAACAAAAAAAACAGUCUGUUGAAAUUGUUGUGCUAGUGAUUCAGGGUUGGGGAAGUUCCUCAUCAGGAAAACCUGUCAUUGCUGAUAACUGUCUAUUUGAUUUGUUUCUGGUGUAUUUUAAGGGUUUCUUUGGUCCUACGGAAGGUAACACAUGCUUAAAGAAAUAACUCUCUUUAUGAAUGGUUUGUGUAUGCCUUUCUCUUGUGGCCAUUGUUUUUUGUCGAAUCACGUCAGGCCAUAGCAUUGACUUUGAGAGCUUCAGAUUUAUAUGAUUCGUUUCUUUUUUGAAAUACCAAACCAAUUAUUUUCAAUGAAGGACAUAAAAGAUCCAAGUGGUUCAAAGUGGGUGAUGGAUACUUUUUGGUGGAAACAGCUGCUCCUUAUGAAGGGUCAGUAUUGGUUUAAAUGGUUUCGUAUUUAUACAUAUCAAAUUCACUUACUCUGAGGAGAUGGACUGAAGGGAUAGAGAAGAAGGGGAGAAAUCAUGCAAGAGAUGUGGAGGGGAAGGAGUGGGGCUCUCCUAUGUAUUUUGCCCAUCCAGCUUUUUGCCAUCUAAUGAUGUAAAUAUUUGAAAAUGCUAUAUUUCAUGGGUAUCUGCUUGUGCAUUUGUGCAUAUAUAUGUGUGUGUGAGAAUGCUUCUUUCAUUCACAUGUGGCUUUCUAUUUUGGGAUGUCAAGAGAAUGAAGUCAUAAAGAAGAUACAUUACUGUACAUAAUCUACAUACAUUGAAAACAUAUAAUAUAUUUACUUGUCUUGUAUCAGCAUAGUAACUGAGUGAUUUAUUUUUACUACAGUUAGGACUUAUUUCAAUGUUUUCACAUAUCUGAAUUUUCACCAUGUUAAGAGUUAGACUUUAACUUAAAUGCUUUGAUUUUGCUGACUCAUCUCAAUGCUGAGAGUACAGCAGUAUUUUAUCCAAAUGUUGGGAUACUAUGUAGAUUUUUCCUUUGGCCUAGAGUUCUGGGAGACUACCUUGAGACACGUUAGCUAUAUAUACAAGCUUUGUUACCGCUAACCCCGCAGCCCCCCCCCCACCAACCCAGAUUUAUCAGGCUGUAGUCAGGUACCACCAGAGGAGUGUUGUGUCAUAAGGCACCGGUGGCUUCAUCUGGCAUCACCCAGUCGAGGGGUGGGGGGCUAAGUUAUCAAAAAGAACUUGUCUUUGUACAGACAAGAAUUUCUAUUGCAUCAAUCUCUAAGAAGGUUUCUCUGUGUGAAACAAACGUGCCGUUGUUGAAACCACGCGAUUGAUUCCUGGUUCUCCUACUACCAGGCCACACUAAUGUUGAAUGUACGUCGUUCCCGCGCAGGAGAACAGCCUGUCACACGUACACCGAGAGAGAGAGAGAGAGAGAGAAACAGAGAGAGAGGAGGUUAUGCGAGAUUAUUCACAAUAAGAUGAAUGCAUUUACUAUGUGCUAUAUAUGAAUUGAUGCCGAUAAUCAUACUACUGAUGUGAUACAGACUACUAAUGACCUGGUUUGUGUGUGGUGAUGACAUGAAGUAAUGACCAUGAGAACUUUCACUAUUUAUUACUGCUGCCCCAUGGAGGAGCGGUGCUGAUUAUGAUGUCGUGUAUAUUUUAUUGGACUGAAGAACUUCAUGGGGUUAUGAUUUGUUGUUUUUAUUUACCCAAGGUAAUACCAUACUAGUGUUGCUAGUUAGAGGAUUGUGCAUUUACUUAUCCUGUUCUGGUCCAUACCGCUCAGAGUCAUCACAGAGUUCUGUCACAUUUUUCCCCCUGUCACUUUACAUGUGUGUGAUGUCAUUGAUUCAUGUGCUCUCGUCUGAGGGGCUGUGUGAUGUCAUUGAUUCAUGUACUCUCGUCUGAGGCGCUGUGUGAUGUCAUUGAUUCAUGUGCUCUCGUCUAAGGAGCUGUGGCACUGUCCACUCAACUCAAAACAAGCGAAACUGGCAAUAGAGCCUAGUUUGCCUUGUUCUUGUCAUUCACCAUCUGGCUCACGAACCAUGGCAAGCACAACACACAGUCAAAUGGUUCAGGGGGGGGAAAGUUUUAAGGUUUGGGUAUUUGGGGCAACUUGUGGAAAUAAAAAAGGGACUUUGAAAAAAUAUGUCAAAUAAUUU